AUGCAGUUUGGUCUAACACAGAAACUCGAUCUCGAAAUCAUGAAAACCAAAAGUCAUGAUAGUAUUACGAAGAGCAAUUCGAUAAAAAUGAUAAUGGCCUUAAACUGGUUUAAUCCUAAAACUUAUAAGAACUAUCAAUAG